UGGCGCACAGGCUUGUCGCGGAGCCUCCACGAGAGAAGGCGGGGGACGCACUCCGGGAACCGUUAAGCGCGUUCCCGGGGCUUCAGCCCCGCGGGGCUCUGAGCCUCGGCCCUCUGGGCGCGCUGCGGGUCGGCCCUCGGGCUUCCCGGCGCACGCGCAAGGUCGGCCGGGCUCUCGGGCGCCGGCCACAUCCGGGGCUGUGCGGGCGGCGCGGUUACCAUGGCAGCAGGGUCGCGGCAGGCGCGCGGACAGGGAGGUCCGGAGGCUGCGGGCGGCUGGGCCGCCGGCGGAGCCGCACAGCCGGACAAUCGCGCCCGCAGCGCCGACGGGCGGCCGGGCGGCGCCGCAGCCAUGUCACUGGGCACCGCGGAUCCGGCCUCGGAGACGGGAGAUGACAGUCUGUCCGCAAUUACCUUUGACUCUGACUUUGAGACGAAAGCAGAGAGGAAAAGUUUCCACAAACCUCCACCCACAUCACUGAAGUCACCUUAUCACUCUAAACCGAGGAAAGUGGCAUCCUGGAGAUCUCUGAGGACAGCAGCAAGCAUGCCUCUUGGUAACAGAAUGUCCUUAACCCCACAGAAGCUGUGGCUGGGAAGCUCGAAGCCAGGAAGUCUGACCCAGCCCCUGAAGUCAGACCUGACCUUGGAGCAGGCAUGGGCCAGCCCCCCCAGCACUACUCCCGACUAUGUGAGAGCAGCCUUAAGAGUGAAGAGGUCCAAUCUCAGGCGUUCUGCCAGCAAUGGUCACUCUCCCGGGACCCCUGUGUACAGAGAGAAGGAAGACAUGUACGACGAGAUCACUGAGCUGAAGAAGUCCCUGCACGUGCAGAAAAGUGACGUGGACCUCAUGAGAACAAGGCUGCGGCGCCUGGAGGAGGAAAACAGCAGGAAGGACCGGCAGAUACAGCAGCUCUUGGACCCGUCCCGAGACCCGGAUUUUGUUCGGACUCUGGCAGAGAAAAGGCCCGAUGCUGGCUGGGUCGUUAGCGGGCUAAAGCAGAGGAUUCUGAGGCUGGAGCAGCAGUGCAAGGAGAAGGACAACACGAUCAACAAACUGCAGACUGAUAUGAAGACCACUAACUUGGAGGAGAUGAGAAUCGCCAUGGAGACGUACUAUGAGGAGAUUCAUCGUCUCCAGACUCUCUUGGCGAGCUCCGAGACCGCGGGAAAGAAGUCUCCGGGGGAGAAGAGACUGGGCGUCAAGAGGCCGAAGAAAGUGAGCAGCGCCCUCCUGAGCUUGUCCCGGAGCGUCCAGGAGCUCACGGAGGAGAACCAAAGCCUGAAGGAAGACCUGGACCGCGUGCUGAGCAACUCCCCCACCGUCUCCACCACGAAGGGUUACACGGAGUGGAGUAAGCCCCGGCUGCUGAGACGGAUCGCCGAGCUGGAAAAAAAAAUAAGUGCGAUGGAAAGCCCCACAUCACAGGCUUCAGAAGAGGUCAAGUCAAGCGCCCCGGUGCAGUCUGCGUCCAGCUCCACCGUGCCCCGGCAGCCGAGAUGUGGCCGGCACCAGGAGAGCGAGCGUCUCCGGGGGACGGUGCGGAGCCUGAGAGGCGAGCGGGACGCGCUGCAGACGCAGCUUCAGGAGAAAGAUUUGGAAGUGAGACAGCUGCUACAGACAAACGCCACCUUGCAGAAGGAGCUGGAGGGCGCGAGGGAAGGGGAGGAGGAGAGAAGAGGAAGAGAGGAGGCUCUGAGAGAGGAAAUUCAAACACUUACCAAGAAGUUUCAAGAACUGGGAGAAAUUAAGAGAGAAGAAAAAGACGACCCCGUGGAAAUGACCCCGGAGACCCCGGAAGAACCCCGACCUUCCCUUCCCACCAGCAGACCCUCUCAGCAGGACUCUGAGCCAGAUACAAGCGAGGAGGGCUUCUCCCGGCCCCCCUCCACCUGCUCCGAGGGGCGAAGAGACACGGCAGCCAGGAUCCUGCAGAGCCGGUGGAGGGUAUACAGACACCAGAAAAAAAAGGCCGUCCUGGACGAGGCGGCUAUGGUGCUUCAGGCAGCGUUCAGGGGACAUCUAGCGCGGGUGAAGCUGUUGUCAAGCCAGGCGUGUGCUUCAGAACCCCCCAGCCCGCCCAGACAGGACCCUCCGUCACCACGUGUUCCAAGCCCCACCGCCCAGGCCCAGGGCAGCCCGGGACAGGAGGAGGCCAUCACCGCCAUCCAGUCCGUCCUCCGGGCGCACCUGGCACGGGUCAGGCGCAGCGCCGCCAGUCAGAGAGCCGUCACCGCAGCCCCCAGAAGGAGGCAGCCCGCUCCGGCCACACACAGCCAGCUCUCCUCGCCACCCUGCCCGGCCCCUUCUCCUGGUCAAGAGGACAGUGAGGCGAGUGGCGGGGAGACCGCGGAGGGGCCGGCGGCCAAGGACGAGGCUCCGGGGAAUCCAGCAGCCCUGCAGCCCCGCUGCGGGCCGUCCUCUCCCUCGGGACCGGGACCCGCAGACGACGGCAGCUCUGACGACUCCGACGAGAUCGUGGUGGCCCCGGCUGUGGCCCCGAGGAAGGCCGCCUCCCCGCCCUAGGCUCCGGGCCUGCCCCUCACGCGGCGACAGCCCUGCAGGGAAGCUCGGGGUUUGGAGGACGAAGCAUGUCCUAGAGGACGUGGGAACUACAGUUACGACUGGAGAGUAUUUUACCUUGUUAGCAAAGAGCUCCGUGCUCCACACACACCUCA